UGUUGACUUUUUAAAUGACUUGAAUUGGGGUGGUGUACAAACUCUAGUGAAAAUGAAUAAUUUUCGUGACUUGGACAAAGAUAUUAUCGCUUCAGCAAAACGUUGGAAAGUAUUUCUUGAAAGUGAAGCCCCUGAGAAAGAGAAAUUCCCUCAAGAAUGGAAAAAUAAAAGUGCUAUUGAAAAAUUAUGUAUGAUGCGUGCUUUACGACAUGAUCGAAUGACAUAUGCACUGAGGCAUUAUAUUGGGACAACAUUUGGUGCAAAGUUUAUUGAAGGUCGACAAAUUGAAUUGGCUAAAUCAUUUAAAGAAUCUGGACCAGCUGUACCAAUCUUUUUUAUAUUAUCUCCUGGGGUUGAUCCAUUGAAAGAUGUUGAAGUGCUGGGGCAUAAACUUGGUUUCACUGUUGAACAGGGUAAUUUUCAUAAUAUUUCACUUGGACAAGGUCAAGAGAUUGUUGCUGAACAGGCUUUAGAGGCAGCAGCAAAGAAUGGAGCAUGGGUUGUCCUACAAAAUAUUCACUUAGUUGCACGUUGGUUAAGUACACUAGAGAAACGUUUAGAGCAAUAUGCAGAAGAUGCACAUCCAGAUUAUCGGGUAUUUGUUAGUGCAGAACCAGCAGCCGAUGUAUCAGCGCAUAUUAUUCCACAAGGGAUAUUAGAAAAUGCUAUCAAGAUAACUAAUGAACCGCCUACAGGUAUGCUGGCUAAUUUACACAAAGCUUUGGAUAACUUUAAUCAGGAAACACUUGAACGUUGUACAAAAGAAGCAGAAUUCAAACCGAUUUUAUUUGCUCUAUGUUAUUUUCAUGCCGUGGUUACCGAACGUAGUAAAUUUGGUUCACAAGGUUGGAAUCGUACAUAUCCAUUCAAUGUUGGAGAUUUGUGUAUUUGUUUAGAUGUGUUAUAUAAUUAUUUAGAAGCAAAUAAUAAAGUACCAUGGGAAGAUUUGAGAUAUUUAUUUGGUGAAAUUAUGUAUGGUGGGCAUAUAACUGAUGAUUGGGAUAGACGAUUAUGUAGAACAUUUUUACAAGAAUAUUUACAACCUGAUUUAGUUGAUGGUGAUCUCUAUCUAUCGCCUGGAUUUCUUGUCCCACCAAAUUCAGACUAUGCUGGUUAUCAUGCCUAUAUUGAUAAGUAUUUACCGCCUGAAUCGCCUUACCUAUACGGUUUACAUCCAAAUGCAGAGAUUGAAUUUUUAACGAAAUCAGCUGAACGUGUAUUCCGUGUUGUCCUUGAACUGCAACCACGUGACAGUGGAACGGAUGUCAGUGAUGCACCAAGUCGUGAAGAAACAUUGAAUAGUCUUAUAGAAGAUUUACUAGAUCGUCUAUCGGAUGGAUUUCCUAUGAAUGAAUUGUAUGCUAGACAAGCACCAGAGGAGCGUGGUCCAUACACUGUAGUUGUAUUACAAGAAUGUGAACGAAUGAAUAUUUUAAUUAAUGAAAUCCGUCGAUCACUUCGUGAAUUACGUUUGGGUUUACGUGGAGAGUUGACAAUCUCUGGUGCAAUGGAUUCACUGAUGAAUGCAUUAUUUUUAGAUCAGGUACCAUCAACCUGGGAACGUUAUGCCUAUCCUAGUCUCUAUCCACUUGGAUUAUGGUUUGCUGAUUUGUCAAAUCGAUGUAAAGAAUUAGAUAUAUGGGCACAAGAUUUAGGCCUGCCAGGCUCUGUAUGGCUUGGUGGUUUGUUUAAUCCACAAUCAUUUUUAACGGCUGUUAUGCAACAGACAGCAAGAAAAAUGGAAUGGCCAUUGGACAAGAUUUGUAUCAGUGUUGAAGUUACAAAAAAGACAAAAGAAGAAAUGGGUUCGGCACCAAGAGAAGGUGCCUAUGUGCAUGGAUUAUUUAUUGAAGGUGCUAGAUGGGAUACAAGUGCUAAUUCAAUUGUUGAUGCUAGAAUCAAAGAACUGGCACCAGCAAUGCCUGUUAUCCUGCUUAGAGCUGUACCAUCGGAUAGACAAGAAGGUCGAAUAGCAGCUAUGUAUGCCUGUCCUGUGUAUAAGACGAAGACAAGAGGACCAACAUUUGUAUGGACAUUUCAUUUACGUACAAAAGAGAAACCGGCUAAAUGGAUUAUGGGUGGUGUUGCACUACUUUUACAAGUAUAAAAGUAGUAGAAGUAGUAGGGUGGUGGUGGUGGUGGUAUGAAAGACGAACCAAUGACUGCUCUGAUUACUUCUAGAGAGAAACCAUAAUGUAUUACUCACA